GAAAUAUUUGCUGUGUCUCAGGGGAUUGUAGGAAUACGAGGAGUUUUCAGCAACAAAUUUUUAGCGAUGUCAAAAAAAGGAAAACUCCAUGCAAGUGCCCGGUUCACAGCAGACUGCCAGUUUCGGGAGCGCUUCCAGGAGAACAGCUACAACACCUAUGCCUCGGCUGUCCACCGCAGCCCGCGCUCGGGCCGCCAGUGGUAUGUGGCGCUCAACAAGCGGGGCAAAGCCAAGCGGGGCUGCAGCCCCCAUGCCCGGCCCCAGCACGUCUCCACGCACUUCCUCCCCCGCUUUCGACAGCCCCAGCCCCCCGAGCUCGCCUUCACCGUCACCCUCCCUGAGAAGAAGCCCCCGCCGCCACCGAAACCAAAGGUUGCUCCGUCCCCGCCUCGGAAAAAUCCCAGCCCCGUCAAGUACCGGCUAAAGUUUCGCUUCGGGUAG